UUUGUUCUACUUUCAAGAUUUUUGCAGUGUAGGAAUAACUCAUUGUAAUAUUAUAGAACUUUGAAUAAUCAUAUGUUAACCUGCAAGAGGUAUGUCCAUCAUUCAUAUUUUGAUCAGUCCAACAGAUAUAGUAUCCUUUUAAUGAGCUGCAGAACUAAGGUGGAUUCAUUAGUGCGUCGUCCCAGGAAUAUCUGAAUGUCAUUCUUAUGGCUAGGAACAUUUUAUUAAAGGAGAUCUUUCAAAAAUCCUUCCCAUUAGUCUAUUAAAUGUUAAAAGGAUUUGCCAUUCAUGCACAAUACUUGAUUCUUCCCUUCCUUAAUAAGGAAAGCAACGUCAAAGCAAUGAGGAGGUGUGUGUGUUUUUGUGCGAGAGAGAUAGAGGGGGUAGAGAGAGAAAGAGCAUGGGAGGAGACCAAUGCGCACAUUGCGCAUGUGCAGACGGUGAGAUCUGUGCUGCGGUGGAGCAGAGACUGGACACACACCGCUAAAGAGAUGGCGCGGCACCCGACCGGAGCGCAGGGACAGCUGGUUGGCGACGGGGGGGCUUGAAAUACAAAGAGAAGCAAAUCUAUGGUUUUUAAAAGAAAAGAAAAAAACAGAUAAGAAGAAAAAGAACGGAUUUUAAAGAGAAGUUUCAUUCCUGGGUGGAAAAAAAGCGUCUCAAAAAGAAAGGUAGGAGAUUAAUCCAAUAUUGUUACUAAGAAGAGGUGAUAGCAGACGAGGCUGAUGCGAGGAGGACACAAACAGCAACAAAAGAAAAUUGAACUUUAUUGGACGUGUGGAUUUCUGGACAUCAGCUAAGAGCAGUAGGUCAGAUAGAUGGUUUGUCAACAGCGCUGCCCGGAUCAUGAACGCGCAGCUGUCGAUGGAAAAUAUAGGCGACCUGCAUGGAGUGAGCCAUGAGUCUGUCGCCGGGCAUGGAGAGCUGCUGAGCGGCCACAGUCCGCACUCCCGUCCGAGCCCGCGGGGCUUGAGCCACCGCGCCAUGGGCAUGGCGACCCUCCUGGACAGCGGAGACUAUCACCCAGGCCACCCGGGACACCUGCAUCCAGCCAUCAGCAUGUGCGAAGCCCCCCACGGCAUGAGCGCGAGCACCACCUACACCACCCUGACCCCUCUACAACCGUUACCCCCCAUCUCCACCGUGUCUGACAAAUUUCCUCCCCAUCACCACCACCACCAUCCCCACCAUCCGCAUACACACCCCCACCAGAGGAUCCCCGGGAAUGUCAGCGGCAGCUUCACGUUGAUGCGAGAGGACCGGAGUUUGGCGCCUAUGAACAGUCUGUAUCCUGCGUAUCAUCACAAAGAUCCCUGCAUGGGCCAGAGCCUCUCCCCGCUCUCUGGCUCCGGGCUGGCCAGCAUACACACGUCUCAAGCCGGCAUCCCUCCCUACGCACAUCCAGGCGCUGCCAUGCCCGGGGAGAAGAUGCUCACACCUAAUGGGUUCGAGGCUCACCAUCCGGCCAUGCUCAGCAGACACGCCGAGCAGCACAUGAGCUCCUCCGCAGGCAUGGUGCAAAUCAACGGCCUGCAUCACCACCCGCACGCCCACCUUAGCGCGCAGGGCCACGGCCAGGGGCUGGGUAACAGCCGGGAGCAGGCCUCCGGGCCUGGGCACCAAGGGGGCGGCGCUGGGGGUGGAGGAGGCGGUGGUGGUGUUUCUGGCGGCCAGAUGGAGGAGGUGAAUACCAAAGAAGUAGCGCAGAGGAUCACCACGGAGCUGAAGCGUUACAGCAUCCCUCAAGCCAUCUUUGCUCAGCGGGUCCUGUGCAGGUCUCAGGGGACCCUGUCCGACUUGCUGAGGAACCCCAAACCCUGGUCAAAGCUCAAGUCCGGCAGAGAGACCUUCCGUCGCAUGUGGAAGUGGCUGCAGGAGCCUGAGUUCCAGCGCAUGAGUGCACUCAGGCUCGCAGGUGAGCGAAGCCUCGCUUGCAAGCGCAAAGAGCAAGAUCAUGGCAGAAGUGAGCGAGGGAACGUGACCAAGAAGCCCCGGCUAGUGUUCACAGACGUGCAGCGGCGGACGCUCCAUGCCAUCUUCAAGGAGAACAAGCGUCCAUCCAAAGAGCUGCAGCUCACCAUUGCACAGCAGCUGGGCCUCGAGCUGGCCACGGUCAGUAACUUCUUCAUGAACGCUAGGCGCCGGAGUCUGGACAAGUGGUUGGAUGAUGGCUCCGGUCAUGCAGUCAACUCGGGGCACAACGCCUGCACCAAAGCCUGAAGUUGUACUGACCUGAACAACUCAUGGACUGACUCAACCUCGGUGGAAAAGCUUUAAAAAAUUCAGAGAAACAAAGAAAACUUAAAGACCUUGAAGCUACGUUUUGCCCUUAAACCUGUACUAUAUUGAUAUUUAUAGUAUCCAAAGAUGAAAAACAAACCAAAGACUUCUUGUUUGACCUGCUUUACAAUGUUUGUUUCAGCAACAUAUUUUUGUGUAAAAUACUGCAAAAAGACGUUACUCACACCCAUAUACACACACACACACAGACAUACUCACAAACACACACACAGGUCUUUAGCUUUACUAUAACCCCUCACCUCCCUACUGUGUAUCAAUCUAUCAUUUGCCAUCCUUAUCUCUAAUCUGAUUGGUUGGUUUUAAUGAUGGGUCCCCAAGUGGAGGUUUAAUCAGCCUACUGGCAGUGUUGUCUGCAGCUGUCCACAGCCUGGAAAAAAAAAAAGAUCUUUAAAAAAACAAAAAACAGGGAUGAAUGUGGAGUUCCAGCGGGAUUGGCCAAUCAACUUUAAAGGGAAAAAAAA